GUUCUUGUACAUUAAAUAAUAGCACGUUUUUAAUUGCUACAACGUGGGUUUCAUUUCUUUUUUUUAGGAUUACAUAAGUAUGACCUUUUGAUUUAAUCUCUAUCUUAUCUUGAUGAUUUAGUUAAAUUAUUUGGAUAAUUUCAUAAUCGCAAUUCGGAGAGAUAAAUUGUGAAUAAAUAACAACCAAAAUACAAAAAUUCACUAGUAGUUUUGGUAAUCGGCAGACUAACAAAAUGAUUUUUAUUACAUUAUUUCUUUGUUUAAUGAUAUGUACUAUUGAUGUUUUAGCUGUUUUAAAUACUCAGCCUGAACAAAUUCAUUUGUCUUAUGGGAAGCAACCAAAUGAGAUGGUGGUAACAUGGGUCACCAUGAACCAAACAAAUGUUUCUUCUGUUGAGUAUGGAAAAAGCAUUCAAAAACUAAAUCUUAUAAAAACUGGAUCUAUCACAAAAUUUGUAGAUGGUGGAUCUGAAGCUCGUGUGCUUUGGAUACACAGAGUACUUCUUGAUGAUUUAGUACCGGGUACUGAAUAUGUUUAUCAUUGUGGAAGUACUGAUGGAUGGAGUGCAAUUUAUUGGUUUACCGCUAUGAAGAAUGGAACAAACUGGAGUCCAAGAUUUGUUGUUUAUGGGGACUUGGGUAAUUACAAUGCCCAAUCAUUGCCACGUAUCCAAAACGAAGUACAGAGAGGAAUGUAUGAUGCAGUUUUGCAUGUUGGUGAUAUGGCCUAUGAUUUAGACUCUGAAAAUGCUGCAAUUGGUGAUGAGUUCAUGAGGCAAAUUGAAACAAUAGCCGCUUACCUACCUUAUCAAGUUUGCGUCGGAAACCAUGAAAACACAUACAAUUUUUCUAAUUAUGCUAAUCGGUUUAGUAUGAUGAAUCAGGAAGGUGAAAUAAACAACCAUUUUUAUAGCAUGGAUAUUGGUCCCGCACAUAUCAUAGCUUUUUCCACUGAAUUUUAUUUUUUUGUCCAAUAUGGCUGGACUCAAAUUGUUCGUCAGUAUGAGUGGUUAGAGGCAGAUUUAAAAAAGGCUAAUCUUCCAGAAAAUAGAGCAAAGCGACCUUGGAUUAUUACAAUGGGUCAUAGACCCAUGUAUUGUAGCACUAAUGAUACAGAUGACUGUAGACAUCGAGAAAGUAUUAUUCGUAAAGGUAUACCUGUCAUUCAGGCUUUUGGAUUAGAAGAUUUGUUUUACAAAUAUGGAGUUGACUUGGAAUUAUGGGCUCAUGAACAUUUAUAUGAAAGGCUAUGGCCCAUCUAUGAUUACAAAGUGUAUAAUGGAAGCCUUGAUGCACCUUACACUAAUCCAAAAGCUCCUGUGCAUAUUAUUACAGGUUCUGCUGGCUGCCAAGAAAAUUUAGAUCCUUUUGUUGACAUCCCUGCAGAAUGGAGUGCUGCAAGAUUUUCUGAUUAUGGAUACACCAGGCUGAAUAUUAUUAAUAGUUCUCAUUUAUUCAUGGAACAAGUUUCUGAUGACCAAAGUGGUGUUGUUCUAGAUAAAAUGUUACUCAUCAAAGAUAAACAUGGUCCUGAUGCAUGGCUUUAGUACGAACACUAAAGCUGAAAUUUUGUUCUCAACUAAAUAUUGUUAUCAAAAUAUUUAAACACACCAUUUUUCUGAUAACUUUUUGCAUCCUGUAUUUAUGGGACGGUUCAGAUAUUAUGUAAGCACUUAAGGAAGUACUUUUCUGCCAUUUGCUAAUUUAUACUGACAAAGGUAUUUUUAUGGGGGGAAAACAGUAAAAAAAUUUUAUGCUAAAAUUAUAAACUGUAAAGGUGCCAUGGUUAUAUUUAAGAAAGAAAAAAAAACUUUGAUGCAGAUGAGACACUAGUGUCUCUUUUAUACAUUUUUUUUUCUGACACUCUAAUUACAAGCAAAAAUAUAUAUUUCAUAAUUUUAAUUAUAAUAAACAGUCUAAUAGUUAAUUUAAAAAAUAUGUUGAAUUAUUGGAAUUAUAUUUGUACUCAAGUAUAAAAUCGAAAAAAAGAGGUUUGAAAAAAAAAUUUGAUCAAGAUUCAAAAAUUUAUUUUGUAAUUUAAAGAAAUUUUAAUAAUAAAUGACUGUUUCUCUUAGAUCUAAAUCACUACAAAUAAGUGCCCGCUUGAAAAAAUUAUUGUAUGGACAAUUUUACGUAGAAAGGCACUGGUGUUUCAUAACCAUAGAUUAUUAAAAUGCUGAACAUAAUAUUUUUCACUUAUUUUGACCUGAAUUAAUGCUAAAAGUAUUUUUAAUAAAAAUUCUACAUCAAAGGGUUAAAGAUUGUGAAAUGUUUUUUUUUUCUUACUGACAGGAAAAAGAGUCAAAAAUCACAAUAAUACCUACUUUGACUUCAUAUAUAUUUGUAUGUAUUUUUCACUAUACAUUGGAAAAGGACUAUAAAAAGUUUCUACUUUAUAAGAAGUUCAAUAUUUUCAAUAAUUUUUUAUUAUUAUUAUUAUUACUUUAGAAUAAUUUACUGUCCUAAAAUCUAAACUCUUUAAUAUUAUAUGUUAUUGAUGAUCAUACAAAUGUAUCCUGUGUAUGUUUUAUUGACUUUUGGCAACUAAAUACUUAAGAUUUCCAAUAAAUUAUCUUUGUUGAUAUAAUUAUAGAAAUGUGCUAAGUGUCAAAUUUACAUACUCUUAUAAAUUUAUCUUGUAUAUAUUUUCUAUUUUACUUUUAGCUGUUAAAAACUGACAUUUUUUUCAAUUUGUCUUAUUUAAUGUUAAUAAAAUUUCACUGAGAUUAAUUUUGUAUUUUAUGUUAUUAACUUAAAUUUAUAACAAAAUUAGUUGCUUCAAAAUUGUUCAUAUUCACUGUUCUUGUACUUGUAUGUUUGUUGUACCAUUAAAAAAUACUAUUAUUCA